AUGUUGUGUGAGGAACCGAUUAAGGUAAGAAAUGCUACUUAGAUGUAUUAUAGUGUUCGAUUUGCCUUACAUUUGUUAUUUUAGUGUUGAAUAAACAUCACAGAUUUGAUUUUAAAUUGAGCGCGAUAAAUCAUGGAUUUAUUGUGUUAUUGUCCGUAUAAAAUUACUAGACCAAACGUUUAUUGUCUGAGAUUCUUAAGAUGAUUGUGCUCAAAGGUCUGUGUUUUCAGGUUUAAAUAUUUUAAGUAAUAAUUCAACUUUUAAGCUGUAAAUUGGAGCAUUGUCUUGUGCCAUUGUAGGUAGCUAGUCCCAAUAAUAUGAACAAGCAGUCGUUGGUACUUCUAUUAAUUUAACUGUGGUUGGUAGGAAUGAAACUACCUGAAGAAUAUAAGGAGAAUUUUCCUAAUGGUGAAACUCUGCUUAUAUUUUUCACAUGAAUUUAACUGUAGUUGGUAGCAGGGCUCGAAUUUUAUCGUGGCAAUUGCCGUAGAGGGAGUACAAAAUGCUGUGGAUCAUUGCGGAAACGACGGCAAUUUUUUGCCGUAUAGUAUAAUUUUUAUACUAUUCACUAAAUUACUAUAUUAACAAUAAAAUUAAAUUUUUGUUACAGUAAUUCGAAAAAAUGCCGUGGAAACUGCCAAAAUUGCCGUAGACAGCUGUUACGUUCUACGGCAAUUUUUAACGCCAUUGCCGUCGAUUGAUUUCAGGGAAAUUCGAGGCCUGGUUGGUAGGAAUGCAACUACCUGAAGAAUAUAAGGAGAAUUUUCCUAAUGGUGAAACUCUGCUUAUAUUUUUCAGUUACUUGCAUCCGUACCCACGAAAGCUUGUUCAUGCCUUCGUUUAUGUCCAUUGAAUUUGCUUGGUUGCUCUGGGAGGGGGAAAUUAUUGAUUGGUAAUCCUUUUUAUUUUCUUCAAGGCUGCUAUUUGGCAUGCUCUUAAUCACUAUGCCUUCAAUGACGCAGCAUUUCUGGCCGAGAGAUUGUAUGCUGAAGGUAUUGUGUGUUUUAAACAGUGUUUUUUGGGUUGGGUAAUACCCUGAAUACUGUAUAAAGAGAUGCUGGUGGUGGUACAGUACGUGGUUGGUGCAUCUGCCUUACACCUCUUUCCCCGGAGUUCAGUCCUAUAAUAACCUGUUGUCUUAUAAUUUCGCCUCAGUCGCACGUUAGUUUGACUCUUUUAUACACCACUGUCGUCUCACCGUAGCCCAGUUUUAGAUCUCUAGCGACAACAGUUGGGACAUGAUAGAGCUGUCCAAUAUAUUAUCGAUUUGUGAAGUUAAUUUAGUUUAAAAAAAUUCAUUGGGUUUCCAUUCGGGGCCACAGUAAUUGGCAACUGCAGUGGUGUAACUUUAAUUUUGAAUGAAAAGUAGUUGCCCUGAAUAAAAUUGACUUGCCAUCAGACAAUGGCCACUGGGGUACCUAGGUAGGGGUAUAAAUUAAGAGACAACAUGCGGACCUGUUCUCCCACUGAUCUAUAUGGCUAUGUUAUACUGCCUCAGAUCUAGUUUUGGCCCACGAAAAACAAAAUUUGAAUCAAGUACAUCAGGGCUCGAAAUAACGGCCGAUCAAUGAUCAAUGAUCGGCAGGAAAUUGUUUUUGAUCGGCGAAGAAGCAAGGUUGCCGUUCAUCUUGAUCGGCAGAAAUAGAUUUGGCCAUUGAAAAUUAUAAGUAACAUAAAACACAUUAAAAAACACGCGAAAAGCUCUUGUUUAGUUGAUAUGAGUCAUAAGGCUGCACGACUAUUCUCGCUCUAAAGUAAUUUACCAUAAAAUAAAUUUUCAUGAAAUACUGUCGUCUCUUCAACAGUUUGCAAUCCGGACCGCUGACAACGAACGUUUUUGUUACAAUAAUUUCAAUUUGAUAGGAUUUUUUGAGUAGGAUUUUUUCUUUUUAGUAAGAUUUUCUCUUUUAAUACUAUUAAAUAAUAAGUUUUAGUUCUUAGUUGAUAAUGCUGCUGUGUUCCUUGCUUUUGCGUGAAAUGCAAUAACUAUAAUUACAAGUUGAAAAGUGCUUUAAUUAAAGUAAAGUUUAUUAAAUGUAGUUACACUAUUAGAAUUAUAUAUAAUAAGUCCAAAAAUGUCGUAGAUUUAAACUUGAAUUUGAAAUAAAGUUAAUUACUAUCGUACUUAGAAUUUUUUUCAAGGAAACUUAGUCUUAGACAAAUAUACUCCUGAUCGACCAAACUUUUAUUUGAUUGGAAAAAAGUCGCGAUUGCCGAUCACCAAGAUCGGGAAUGUUGAGAACGUUAUUUCGAGCCCUGUACAUGCACUAUGAAAAAUUUAUAUCUGAUAAUGAAAACAUACAUUUAAAGAUGCCCAGCUUUUUGUGGCAAGGCAACUUGCCUGAUCGGGCAAGUGAGAUAAAACGUUUACUUGCCCAUCAUGAUAUUCACUUGCCCUGGGCAGGCCGGCAAGCGUUAAGUUACACCUCUGAACUGCUGUUGUGGUUACCCAGCUUUACGCUAAGGUAAUAAAUUGUAAAUUGUAAAAAUUUGUUCUUCUCCAAUUUAGCUGCGUCAGAUGAAGCACUGUAUCUAUUAGCGACAGUAUAUUAUCGUUCUGGCCAGGCCAAGAGAUCCUAUCACCUGCUACAAAAACAAGGCUGUCCAACCGCACAAUGCAAAUUUCUGUUUGCAAAAUGUUGUGUUGAUCUGAAUAAGUAAGGAGACAUAUAAUAUAUUAUACAUUGAUUGAAACUUUGUUGUGAAUUAAACAGCUCAAGUGUUUCUUUAAUUAACUGAUACUUAGACAGAUUUACCAGCAGGUGAAGAAAAGGCCCUUGUUUCAGACUUUUACACCCCCUGGUAACAAAUUUUUUUGGGAGGGGGGCUUUGGUGGUGCAGUCGUCAGAGGGAAACGCCUUUCACCUCUGAGAUUCUCACUACGGACUAAUGUGAAAAGAGUCGUCAACGCUCUGCCGAAAGUCGAGGGUUUUUUCCAGGCUCAACGGUUUCCUCCCACAGGAGAAGUUGACAGGGUGGGUUAGGAUAAAUACAGUUAAAAAAGUAAUCACAAUUGUUGUAUUAAAGAUAAAUAGUCUAGGCUAAGUAAGUAACAUAAGUAAGCGUAAUACUUGAUGUGGUUGGUCACUGAAAAGCCCCACUCGGGAGGGACCUGAAUAAUGUAAGGUCUAAAAAAAUACCUGUGGUUCCAGUUCCCGACCAACCCUAUUUUUUCUGCUGACCCUAUUAUUUUUUCAACGUGAUUGACCGUGCAACCCUAUUUUCUCCGGGUGGUUGCGGCUGCUGCCAAAAUGCCGUCUGUUGUCACACUAAUUAUUGAAAAAAAUAUUUGAAACCUACCGACCCUAAUUUUUUUCGCAAUAUGAAACCAGAACCACAGGUAUUUUUUUAGGCCUAAUGUCGGCAUCAAACUAAAUUAACCAUUGAAGAGGUUUUGUAGAUUGAAAUUUUAGUUCCAUUGAGCAACAUGCCCAAAAUCUUGAUGUCAACCAAAAGUACCACGAUUCCUGAUCAAUGGUCCCGAUAGAAAAACUGCCCCCUUCCUUUCCUUUGCCCAUAAGUGAGGAUCCGCACUUGUCAUAUCAUUGACUAAGUUUCUUAUUUAAUGUAUUUACAGGCUGUCUGAAGCAGAGAGGAUUUUGACGGCAAGUAACAACUCGAUCGGAAACAGUAAACAAGUGGAGACAGUCGUUUCUGAAUUUGGCUCUGCAGCCAGUUACUCGCUUGCCUUGUUGGGAGAGGUUUGCAGGUAAUAUCCAGAAUAAUUCCAUGCCCAAGAAAUGCAUUUCCCAUGCCUGUAGAUUUUAUUGAAUUAUGUUGACUGAGGUAGCCUAGCAAUUUUGGAGUUGUUAGCCAGUAACUUACUGAUUAAUUAACACUAAGUCAGUUCCCUCAAACCUUUCUUACAAAUCCGUCAAAACUUUACAAUUUACCAAUGCGAAAUUUCUACUGUGAGCACAGAAGCUUUGAUAGUGUAAACCAGGGUGCAAUGCAAUUUAAUGGGUUAAACUAUGGACUAGAUAGCAUUGUUCCAUGGCUCCCAAACUUCUGCAGUCACAGUAUUCCCUUCUUUCAUGACGUUUUGUCAUUUAUUCAUUUUUUGUUCUACUAUUGUAGGAAAGCAGAGAAAAUAACAAGAGCCAUUGAGUGUUUUAAAAGUAGUUUAAAGCACAACCCAUUGUUAUGGAGCUCAUUUGAAACCCUGUGUAAAUUAGGUAAUCAUUAUCUCUGAAUGUUUCAUGUUUAUUUAUAAUUAAGUACUAAUACAAUAAUCUUGAAUGUACAUGGUAUGUUUGUUCUAGGUGAAAAACCAAACCCUUCGGAGAUCUUUAAAUCUGCUUCCUGUCCUCGACUAUUGACCACCUUAACGCAUCGUGAUGCCAUGACAACUGGCUCGACCACGACCAGCUCGGAAAAUACCACCCACUCCUCUGAUAACCAUUCACGUCCUACCAUUGAACCAAUGGCAACCGAGAAUAUGGAUCCCUCCUGGAACACGCCCACAAAUGCUGACACUAACCAGUCGUUCACUGCCCCGCCCAAUAUCCAUGGCAACAACGCUAAUUAUGUUGCAUCGCCGACACCCAUGGGAACGUCCAACGAAAAUCGAGCUCGGCCAAAAGCAGGUCGAAAUCUGCUCGGUGUAAGUUCGAGUGCAAGCCCGUUUUCUCCAAGGUUUGUAAGCUUCUAUUAACUGGAAAUAAAGUUAGUUCAGUUGACAAUAAGUGCAGUGCAUGUAUGUCUGACCAUCCCUGCUAUAUUUUCCUUUUAGUUUUGCAGUUCUACCCAUGGAUACACCCUCUCCUGACCCAACAACCAAUUAUAUCACUCCUUCGCCAACUGCAAACGAAUGUCAGUUACCUAAAGCCCCCAAAGCAAGAAAGGUUAGCAGGCAAAUUAUUUAUCAUAAAUGAGGAAAGUCAAUCUUGUGAUUCUUCUCUUUCCUCAAUAUGUAUGACUCUUUGGAUAAAUGGGUCAUAAAAUACAUUGGGGCUUCAGGUGGCGCAGACAUCAGACUAUCAGAGCAAGCGCCUGCAACCUCUGAGGUCAUUGGUUUGAUUCUCCACAUGUGAAAACAGUCAGUCCACACUCUACCGAAAUUUGUUUCCCCCCCCCCCCCCGAAUACUCCAGUAUCCUCCCGCAGGGAAAGUUGACAGGGGUGGGUUAGGAUAAAAAAGUUAAAUAGUCUAUGCUAAGUACGCAUUGUAAUCAGGGGCAUGGCUAGCCCUAUUGUUUCCCCUUCCUAUCCAAAUUAAGUUUUGUCAACUACAAAAAAAAUUUGCCGACUGGGAUUCAAUAAUUGGACUACCUGAUGAUUGCAGGGGGGGGGGGGUGUUCCACCCCCACAUCCUCCUCUAGCAAUGCCCCUGAUUAUAUAAUUCAAGGGAUUCAAUCUAAUUUUUCAGAUUGGUCGUCGUGCAGACUUAAUUUCCAAACUUCCCGGCAUCACUGCGUAUUCGUCCUCAUCUGGCACGAAUACCACAGUGUCUCAGACCACCUCGUCUGGUGUAAGACGAAGUACUCGACUGUUUGGAUCGACUCCAUCAAAUACAUCGUUGAAUGACUCCACAGACAAGGUACACACCAAGAUUUGCAAGAUUUGGAACAUGACCCUCAUGGAAAGUUAAUAGGGCUUAGAACGGGCCAAAGUCAACGACGUGACGUGUGCAUGUAGCGCACAUAUGAAUUAUGACUGUUCAACUCAUCCAAUUUUGCCCUUCAUUACAAUUACUGCAAAGUUUCUUUCAAAACAUUGCAUUAAAAGGGUACUUGACACAGAGAUGAUCACUGUUUCAAUUUUACAGAAAAACUUUCUUACGAAGUGUAGACCAUAAGCAACCAAAAAAUGUCAAAUUUUCACUUUCAUCUAUCAUUGAAACUUUCCCAAGGGGGGGGGGGGUGUACGACUUUUCAGGGGUGGUGCAAAACGAUCUCAGGGGAGGUGCGCACCUUCCCACACCUCCCCUCAAAAUCAGCCCAUGGCCUGAACUACCUGAAGUGUUAAAUUCUGAGAAAAGUUUUCCUCAAUUCUGUUCAGGGUUCUAGAAAGAGCAACAAAGGAGAAUUUCCGAUUCCAAGAGUCGGGGUAGCGCCUCGGAAAGUCAAGGUGAAUGUUUAUUAAUUUUCAUUCUGUGCAUAUUUCGCGUUUAUUUGUUUUCGUAUUGUUGAAUGCUGUUUUAUGUUUCAGACUCGACGUCAAACGAGAAGUUCAGCUACCAAUAGUCAGCCAUUAUCACCCUCGUGUAGCGAGAAUAUUCCUGAACCAACUAAACCUGCGCAAUCCAGUGUCCAGCCAUUGAAGAUUCCUGCUUCUAUGACCAGCUUAGGUAAACAUGCUUACGUAUAGGUUGUCAUGAUGACUUAUAUAUAAGUCCUAAUGAUGAGACACAAAUCACGACUAAUUUAAAAAACAAACAAACAAUAGUUAACAUUUUAAUCAACGUUUCGACUAGGUUUCAGUCAUCAUUUGACUGAAACCUGCACACGUAAAAAUCUCACAACUUGUCAACAAGAUGUGUUUGCAACAGGCUUGUAGCAAGCUUGUCAACAAGUUGUAACAAUGCUGUUAUUUUAUCAAGUUACUACAAGGUUGUCACUCACAACUUGUUAACAAGUUGUUGAAUUGCAGGACGAUAACAAGUUGUUAGAACAAGUUGUAACAAGUCUGUUAAGCUCAACAACCUUGUAUAGCAAGUUGCCAACAAGCCGUUGACAACUUGUCAACAAGUUGGGAACAAGCAGUGCGAACACAUCCUGUUGACAAGUUGUUGGAACAACAUUGCUACAACUCUGCUGCAGGUUUGUUACAACUUGUGCGUUUUUACGUGUGUAGUCGAAACGUUGAUUAAAAUGUUAAUUAUUUUCGGAGUGUCUAUUAUUUUGUUCUUAUUGUGGAAUACUAUAUAGUACAUACACUGGGACUCAUGUUUAAAAUAUUAACUGUACUCUAGUGUGAGUGUAAACAUUUUAUUUUAUAAUUAUUCCUAUACACCUCUAGACGGCUUGCUUUCACUUUACCAAGAGCUUGGCAAUGCUUAUCUGGCACUAUCUUCCUACGAAUGCAAGAAAUCACUAUCAUUGUUUGAAGCUGUUCAACCACAACAUUACAACACAUGUUGGGUUUUAUCUCAAGUGGCGAGAUGCCAUUUUGAACUUGCGCAAUAUCAUCUCGUAAGUAUUGAAAUACUUUGAAUAUUACGCAUGGAAUGGCUGGAUAGCUCUAUCGGUGUGAGGUCCAGUAAGGAUACAUGAACUUGCGGUUAGAGCUCGAGAAAUGGCGUCUGUAGCUCAGUUGGUUAGAGCGUUGCACCGGAAUCGCAGGGCCAAUACCUGCCAGAGGACCUAGUGUUGCAUAUUUUGCAACCGUUCCCGGUUAGGUAUAAAAGGUGUAUACAGUAUAUAUCGUCACUUAGAUUAUCCAUUCACUUCAAUAUUUAGUUUCAAUCAAGUGAAGUGCAGAAAAAAUCUUUCAAGUCCAGUAAGGACCACUCGAAGAUAACCAUCAACCUCUACACACUGCAAAAAAAAUUGAUUUAAAAAACUCGUGUAAAAUAGUGCACCCACACAAGUGACUCUAAAUAUUGAGUAAAAUUGCUCAUUUAUUGAGUAAUAUUCUGGGUAAUAGUUGCAGUGAAAUGAUGCAUUGAUUUAAUUGUGCAUUGUUCAAUAUUUUUCAGGCAGAAAAAGUAUUCUCACAAGUACGUCAUUUGGAUCCGUACUGUUUAAAAGGUGAUCAUAUGGUUACUAUACUUUAUUUAUAUUCGCCUCAAUCAGCAAGCUACAUCCACUGAGCUCUCUCUCUCUCUAUAUAUAUAUCUGGAGCACGACACUUCAGUCAUUUGGCCUAUAAGAAAAGUGAAGCCAAGGUGGCGACCAUUGACGUCCAAUAGCUCUGAAGGUCGUAAACAGUUCUAAAACCAUUUUCCCAAUCCCAGCUAAUUCCAGUUUUUCCACAAAACCAUAGUGUUUUUUUUAAAGGCAUAUGACUCGAAAAUUGACGGUGUUAUUUUUUUGUCUAAUGUGAAAGAUCAUUGAAAACUGCAUAGAGUAACUUCUUUGAGAGAUUUUUGUUUUAUAAUAUUUGCGAUGUUACUCUGAGUGUAUAUCCACACCGGGCGAGAGUAACAUCGCAAAUAUCAUAUUCACCUGAGCACACAACAUCAACACAGAAAAAAUUUUUUGUUUUCUUGCUUCGUUUUGAAGAUAUUUCAUUUGUAUGAUAUGCAAAGGACCAACUUCCUACGUCAUAUAUGCAUAAUGAUUUAGCCCUAAAAGCUGUAUAUCUUUAAUACGACUAAACACAAUCAGUAGAAAACCUACAUGGGUGUUGUUGUGGACAAAUCUCAUGCUCGUCAUUCAUUUUGAGCGCAUUUAUUUGAUAGUGACAAAAUUAUAUAACAUUUUAAAGUAAGUCAUUAUGCAUAUGUGACGUAGGAAGUUGGUGCUUUGCAUAUCAUACAAAAUGAAAUAUCUCCAAAACGAAGCAAGAAAACAAAAAUCUGUCAAAGAAGUUACUUUAUAGUUUUCAAUGAUCUUUCAAAUUAGACUAAAAAAUAACACCGUCAAUUUUCGAGUCAUAUGCCCUUUAAAUCCAAGUCAUAAACCGCGCAGACAAAAACAAUAGAAAAGGGAGUCUGAAACUGACGUCCAAUAGCUCCUCCAUCUCUGGUUUGACUUUUGUGGACUCGAGUGCUCGUUCCAGACAUAUAUGGAGCUCACUGGCUAGUGGCUACUUGUUAGAGGUGAAAGGCUAACUACUGUACUACCUCUUCUGUUCUUCCAGGAAUGGAACUUUACUCUACGACUCUGUGGCAUUUACAGAAAGAAGUUGCUCUCUCAGCCUUAGCUCAAGAUCUCGUCGAAACGGAGAGAGUUUGUGCGGAGGUGAGGCUGUACUCAGAAUGGUGUGAAGCGCUUUGUAAAAACUGCCUUACGAUAAAUAUGCUAUUUUCACUUAAGAUAGCUAAGGGAGCUAAUGUGACUCGAUGGCGCCUGAGUAGUGGGGCUGCUGUUUGGUUGAAGGAUCUGUCGAAUCAAUAUUACAUAACCACAGGUUUUUCUGAGCAAUACUGUAUACGAUCGUUAUUAUUUAUCUAGGCUUGGGCAGCAACUGGCAAUUGCUACAGUUUACAGAAAGAGCACGACACGGCUAUAAAAUUCUUCCAAAGAGCUGUUCAGGUCGACCCCUGCUUCACGUACGCGUACACUUUGCUUGGCCAUGAGUAUGUCCUCACUGAGGAACUUGAUCGAGCAAUGUCGUGUUUUAGAAGUGCAAUACGAACUGAUCCGAGACAUUACAAUGCUUGGUAAGACCAUUAUAAAAUGUAGUAGAUGGGUGGAGGGUUAGGAUUGUCAUGGAGGGUUAGGGUUAUAUCCAUGGUCGGAUUUUGAGGGGAGGUGCGCACCUCCCCUGAGAUCGUUUCCCACCUUCCCUGGGAAAGUUUCAAUGAUAGACCAAAGUGAAGAUUUGACAUUUUUGGUUGCUUAGGGUCUACACUUCGUAAGAAUUUUUUCUGUAAAAUUGAAACAGUGAUAGCCAUUCAUCUCUGUGUCAAGUACCCUUUUAAUGCAAUAUUUUGAAAGAAACUUUGUAGUAAUUGUAAUGAAGGGCAAAUUGGAUGAGUUGUACAGUCAUAAUUGAUUACAGUAAUACAGCGAUGAAUAUGUACACUACAUGCUUACGUCACGUCGUUGACUUUGACCCGUUCUAAGUCCUAACUUUCCAUGGGGGUCGUGAGCUAGACCGCUGCAGAUCCCCUAAAUUUGUGUCCGCCUCCCCCGCUAUUUAAACCAAAAUCCGGCUUUUGUUAUAUCUACCUGUAUGUAAUAUUGUAUUCUUAUGUUGUAGGUAUGGUGUGGGAAUGAUCUACUAUAAACAAGAGAAAUAUAAUUUAGCCGAAGUUCAUUUUAAGAAAGCAUUGACAAUUAAUCCUUCUAGUGCUGUCUUACUUUGUCACAUUGGUGUGGUAAGUCAUGUCUGAACUGUUUCUAGCCAUGUUUGCUUCAUAGCCAUAUUCCCCAAAGAUUGGCAAACUAGGAGACGUCGUGUUGCUGAAACACUGGUUCAUAUUAAUGUUACCCGUUGGUCGGUUGGCCAGAAAGCAAUGUUAUUCAACCAAAGUAUCACUUUUGAGCCAAAAUCCGAUAUGCUCAUGAGCAUGUGAAACAUGAACCCCCUUCAUUCUAUUUUAUUUUAUUCUAUUAGGUUCAGCACGCCAUGAAAAAAUCCUUUACUGCGUUGUUAACAAUUGAAAAAGCUAUGACAAUUGAUCCAAAGAAUCCACUGUGCAAAUUUCACCGAGCGACGAUUCUUUUUACUUUGGAAAGAUAUAGAGUAUGUUAUGAUUAAUACCUACAUAUUUUUAUGAAUUAUCUGAACGUCAGCAUGAUCUCUUCAAACGUUAAAGUAUUUAAAAUUGUUUUCGAGCAUAGUUCCGACAGUGUGAUUAUAAUGAUGGAGGAAUGAUGGAUUAUUCCAGAUUAUUGUCUACUCAAACAGAAAAGAAGUAGAUCGUUACCUAUUUAUUCAUUUAGCUACUGUAGGUUAAAAGUGCCCGAAGAAUUGUUUUAUCUGUAAGCAAUAGUGUUAGCGAGUCCUAAUGGUGGGUUUCACAAAAAUAAGCAUUGUAGGAAACAUUGCUCCACUGCCAUAUAUAUACAUGAUUCCCGAAGAUGGGCAAACCAGGAAACAUUGUUUCCUAGCCAUGUUUCCCGAAGGUGGACAAACCAGGAAACAUUGUUUCCUAGUCAUGAUUCCCGAAGGUGGGCAAACCAGAAAUAUUGUUUCCUAGUCAUGAUUCCCGAAGGUGGGCAAACCAGAAAACAUUGUUUCCUAGCCAUGUUUCCCGAAGGUGGGCAAACCAGAAACAUUGUUUCCUAGCCAUGUUUCCCGAAAGUGGACAAACCAGGAAACAUUGUUUCCUAGCCAAGUUUCCCGAAGGUGGACAAACCAGGAAACGUUGUUGCUUAGACAUAUUUCUCGAAGGUGGACAAACCAGGAAACAUUGUUUUUUUUUUAUUUAAACAUAUUUAGAAUAAUUUUCUCCAAGAGCUAAAGCUCAUCGAGGGAGAUCAUUGUUUCCUAGCCAUGUUUCCCGAAGGUUGGAAAACCACGAAGCAGUUCAUAUCUUUCAAUUUCCUUUUUGUGUUUUGUUCAGGAGGCUUUGACAGAAUUAGAAGAAUUGAGAAGAAUAGUUCCAAAAGAAGCUUUAGUCUAUUUCUUGAUGGGAAAGGUCAAUUUUACUAAUUUUAUAGUAUGCUCUUUCUAG